AGACAGACGGUACACAGGUUUUCAACCGAGUCUGAUGACUAUGAAAACAGAAAACUAAUCCCGACACGUCCUUCACGAGGCCAUACCCUGCCUGACACAAAGGGAGUAACGAUCCUGCCAUUUUGUCCUUCUGCGCAGGAGACAGGAACACCAGACCGUGUUAUUUCACAGCUCAUUCAGAUGGAAAAAAAAAAAAAAAGCUUUCUCAGCAUGACUCUCCCAUGGCAAAUCCCCGAAGUCGUCCGCCAGUUCCGUAUUUGUCCACGGCUGAACUCUCUCGCGUAAGGGAAUGGGCAGGCGUGGUUAACCGGAGAACAUGUGCUGCAGGCAAAGCGGCUUUCAAGGCUGAACAAAAACACACAAUCGAACAGCCAACUGCCCCCACUCCAGAGUGUGAGAGGAUUCUGAAUUUGGAUGUUCUAGUGGAGACAGUGGUCCAGAGCAUCCCCCUUCAUUCUCCUGGGAGUUCCUGCCCCGACACCCGAUCACCCCUUUUCUGGACUCUGCGCGGCCUUGGCCAGGUAGUCUGAGGCGCGGGUGAAGCGCCAUGGUAACCCACAGCAAGUUUGACUCCGCGAUGAGCAGCUGCCCCUUCGAAGCCAGCAUGCGGCUGCCGUCCUACCGCUACAAGACCUUCAGCUCCAAGCUGCAGCACCAGCUGAUCCUGAGCGCCGUGCGCAAGCUCCAGGAGAGCGGCUUCUACUGGGGCACCAUCAGCGGCAAGGAGGCCAACGGCCUGCUGGCCGCCGAGCCCGCCGGCACCUUCCUCAUCCGCGACAGCUCCGACAACCGCCACUUCUUCACCCUCAGCGUCAAGACGGCGUCGGGCACCAAGAACCUCCGCAUCCAGUGCGACAGCUGCUCCUUCUUCCUGCAGACGGACCCCAAGAGCGCGCAGUCCGUGCCCAGGUUCGACUGCGUGCUCAAGCUGGUGCACCACUACAUGCCCCCCAAGGGCGGGCCGGCCGGCGGGAAUGGCGCCCGCGCCACCUACUUCAUCCACUCCGGCGGGGAGAAGAUCCCCCUGGAGCUCUUGCGCCCCCUGUCGACCGGCAUGUCCUCCCUGCAGCACCUCUGCAGGAAGACGGUCAACGGCCACCUGGACAUGUCCAGCAAGAGGGACCAGCUGCCCCACCCGCUCAAAGAGUUCCUCCAGGAGUACGAGGCGCCCAUCUAAGGACCCUCUGCCCGCCUGCCUGUGGCUCAGAGCAGUCGAGGUGAGAAGACAGCGAGGCUAACGUCCAAGGAGACGCCUGCGCUGGCUCGCGCUCGCAGACCUGCUGCUUUCUUUCGGACGAUGGUCCCGUGACCCUGGGUGCGGACGAGCUGCCUGCCUUCCCCCCCCCAACCCCCCCACCCCCCCACCCUGGGCGACGGAUGCCCGAGUUGCCGUGAGAACAGGGACCUGAGUGAGGAACGCUGUAGACUGGGCCUGUUUGGCCACGGGACGGGCGCAUCCUGAUCUGUAGUGCCCGGCUGGAGCGCCGGGCGGAGGUGCCUGCCGAAGAAGUGCGCCUCUCCGAGAGUGCGGUCUCACCGGAGGUCAGGCGCCGCGGCGGCGUGCUGAGGUCAGGCGGCGCGCUGAGGUCAGGCAGGGGCGGUGUUCGUGGACUCCUCCGCUCCUCGAGCCGGCUUCUCUCGUUUCUUUUCCCGCCUGACGCUGACCGACUCUCCCCCCCUGACUGUUCCUGUAAUCCAACUGCUCCUGUGCUUGGAGCCCGGCCACAGCGGUCAGGCCAUCUGUCAGGCCUCCUGCGUUUCCACUGCUGCUAGCCAAGUGCAAUGGCCCCCCCCCCCUCACCAUUCAUGCAGGCCUGGCACCGAAAAAGGUCCCCAAUAGGUGGCCAAAACAUUGCCUCUCUUAAACUGAGAACUGAGAAUAAAGACUGGAAACGUUAGACGGGACGGGUGGCGGGUGAAUCGUACCGAGGACGCUGCCAGUAAAUUCCACCCCUCCCCCCCCUCGUUCCAGGAAGUGGAAUGGAAAUUCACGGCCGGUUUCUAAAGUAAACAUUUGGGUCUUUUGUGGGAAACGGAAUAAUGCGGGAUCGUCCGUACCCGGAGGCGUUGAGAGCACGGGCGAGAAAGCCGGAGAAAAUUGGGGGGGGGGGGAAGGCACAAUCGCCAGGGUUACAGUCUUAUGCCAUGGAACCCCUGCCGGAUGAAAGUGCCCCCCCCGACCAGAUUAGUCCAAAUCCGUGCGGUUUUUUUGGCCUGUUACCCUUGCUCGGUUGGCCCAGAGAGAAGGCUGAAGCGGCCGCCCAGGCAUGGCCCCUGGGUCCGCGUGACCUCACAGCCUCCGUCCAGGGCAGAGGACCCGCGGUACGGACGCCGCCGGCCUGCCCCCGAGCAGAACUCCUGACUCCUCUUGCUAAUGAAUGUAAUGACAAAAGGAAAUCACUCUUCCUCGCUCCCAGUGAAAGGGACCGUGGUUUCGCCUGUUGUAAUUUUUGAUUAUUAUUACUUUUCUUUUUUACGAGGUCAUGUUUACAUCUGUGAAGACCCGAGACCAGAAAACAUGUCUUCUUUGUGUCUUUUAUAAAGAUGUUUCCAUCUUAAUAUUUGGCCAGGUAACUGGCCGUGUAGGCUUGAAUAUCUGAAGAAAA